GUCGUCGUUUUUCAGGAAUGUGAAAGGUGAAGUCCUUUGGAAAGACCGAAUCCGAAGGACGACGAUGAUGGCGAGCGAGGUGGCGGCCAAGUUUGUGUGGGAAGGAGCGAUUCCUCUUCAGAUUCAUCUCCACAAAUCCGAUGUUGCGUCUCAUCCCGCUCCUCCUCCAGCUCUCGUUUUAGCGCCGAGGAUAGGGUACUUGCCUCUACUAGUUCCUCUUAUAAAGCCUUAUUUCAAGGAUUCACUUCCUCCUGGAGAGGAUUCCAUCUGGUUUGAUUACAAAGGGUUGCCCUUGAAAUGGUACAUCCCGACCGGUGUUCUGUUUGAUCUUCUUUGUGCAGAACCAGAACGACCUUGGAAUCUUACGAUACACUUUAGAGGAUACCCAAACAGCAUAUUAAUACCCUGUGAAGGAGAAGAGUCUGUAAAGUGGAGCUUUAUUAAUUCAUUGAAAGAGGCGGCAUAUAUCAUCAACGGGAAUUGCAAGAAUGUUAUGAAUAUGUCCCAGUCUGAUCAGGUGGAGCUGUGGAACUCAGUCAUGGAGGGUAAUCUUGCUGGCUACACUAGAAUAUCAUCGAAGCUUAAACUGGGAGCUAUAGAAGACGAAUUCUCAAGAAAAAUGAGUUUGUUGUCUCCAAAAUCUGGACAAGGCGUACCUGAAACAGAUGUAGCUGGGCAAGUCAAGACAGCAAGGAUUCCUGUCCGGUUGUAUGUUCGGUGCAUAAACCAAGAUUUCGAUGAUCUGGAAGAUGUUCCUGAGAUUGAUAGCUGGGAUGAAAUCUCUUACCUAAAUAGGCCCGUCGAGUUUCAACAUGAAGAAGGGAAAUGCCUAACACUGGAGGACGCUAUCAAAACUCUCCUCCCAGAAUUCCAUGGGGAAAGAGAUGAAACAGAUGAAGAAAAGAGCCAUGAAGCAGCUGAGGAAGAAAACAGAGAUAAAUCGGUAGAACCCCCCGAAUUCGAUAAGGGGACGGCAGAAAUAAAGAUGGUGAGGAUCCAAGGAAUCGAACCGAAACUGGAGAUACCCUUCUCAUGGGUGGUUAAUAACUUGAUGAAUCCUGAAUACUAUCUCCAUAUUUGUGUUCUUGUCAAAGCUCCUCCUCCUCCCCCUCUGGUAAGUAAUUAGCACUUAAAUCACAGAUUGGAUUCUUCUUUCUUUUAUUUUUCAUAAUUCGAAAGUUGCAUCUAUAGCAAGAAGGAUCAUGGGCACCAAUUCUUUGCAUACAAUGUACAGAUCAACUAUUGUAUAUUUUCUAUUAAUGAUAGAUACCGAUGUUGGGAAAUUGAUUA